AUGCUGUUCGAUUUUCAUCCCGAGCGCAAUACACAAGAAGCGGGGAUAGUCAAUAUCUUACUCGCGUUUCUGUCGAUCUCGACUCUCCUCGUUACUGGAAUCCUGCUCAACGCCAAAACCGAGCUCACCGUUCGCUACAACGUGCCAAUCCCUCCACCACUGCAGAAGACCUCCCCCCGGGAUAUUGCGGAGGCCGACUACAAGCUCGAAGAUGAAGGAGAGGUUCGCAAUGGUCAAAUCUACCCACGAUGUCCAGCAGAUGGCCGUAGUCUAGGACCACCUAUUGUUCCGGCAACACCUUCCUCGAUCGACUCGGCCAUUUCUGCUGCUGCAAAUGCCCAACAGCAAUGGUCUCACACUACUUUCUCUGAUCGACGGCGAGUCCUCCGCGCCCUGCUCCGAUACGUGCUCGAUCAUCAAGACGAGAUUGUAACGGCAUGCUGCCUCGACAGCGGAAAGACCAAGAUUGAUGGUGGUUUCGGUGAGAUCCUCGUCACGGUUGAGAAGUUACAAUGGACCAUCAAACAUGGCGAAAAAGCUCUGUCGCCUUCGAUGCGGCCGAUAAACCUCCUUAUGUGUUACAAGGAAAACACGGUCAUAUAUGAACCCCUCGGUGUGGUUGCUGCAUGCGUGAGCUGGAAUUAUCCUUUCCACAACUUCAUGUCGCCAGUCAUUUCGGCUCUCUUUGCUGGAAAUGCGAUCGUCGUCAAACCCAGCGAACAAACCUGUUGGAGCACGAUCUACUUCACCGAAAUCAUUCGUGGAGCCCUUCGAGCGUGCGGCUAUAGUGUGGACCUCAUCCAAAAUGUCAUUUGUCUCCCCGAGGUGGCGGACCAUUUGACCAGCCAUCCUGGACUGAGCCACAUCACUUUCAUCGGCAGCCGACAGAUUGCACAUAGAGUCUGUACAUCAGCUGCAAAGGCCCUGACUCCCGUCACUGUUGAACUGGGCGGGAAAGAUCCCGCUAUUGUCCUCGAUGAUCCCAAGACAAUCAAAUCAACUGACGAUGUCAUCAGUAUUCUGAUGCGUGGGGUCUUCCAAUCUGCCGGCCAGAACUGCAUUGGCAUCGAGCGCAUCAUCGCCCUGCCCGCCAUCCACGAUAUCAUUCUCAACCAUGCCCUCCCCCGAAUCCAAUCCUUGCGUCUCGGCUCCGUUCUUCUCUCACCAUCUACCUGCCCACCAGACAUGGGGGCCAUGAUCUCGUCCCGGAAUUUCCAAUGUCUUGAGACCUUGAUAUCUUCCGCCGUCGCUCAAGGCGCCAUACUACAUUGCGGUGGCAAACGGUACGCCCACCCUCAAUUUCCCAAUGGAACGUACUUCCGACCCACACUACUCAGCAACGUGACGGUCGACAUGGCGAUCGCACAGACCGAGCUCUUCGCACCCGUUUUCUUGCUCAUGAAAGCCCCGUCCGUUGACGAGGCCAUCACCAUCGCCAAUUCCACACCUUACGCCCUCGGAGCCAGCGUCUUUGGUCACGACUCCGCUAACGUAUCCCGCUGCGUCCACGAAAUUAAGGCCGGCAUGGUCGCCGUAAAUGACUUUGGCGCUUACUAUGCCUGUUCUAUGCCGUUUGGUGGCGUCGGGGGGUCUGGGUACGGUCGAUUUGGCGGAGCAGAGGGACUCCAGGCCCUAAGUAACGUCAAGAGUGUCUGUCAGGAGGCAUGGUGGGCGAAAAUGUUGGGCAUCAAAACCAAGAUUCCACUCAAGCUGCAGUAUCCUGUUAGUCCUGAUGGGUGGAAUGUCUCUAAAGGUGUCGUUGGAACGGGAUACGCGCUGGGUUGGAGCGAAUGGAUUGGUUGUCUCCUCGGACUUGUCAAGGCUUUGUCCCGAAGAGACGAUGGUGAGCUAUAUGAGAAGAAAUAG